GACUCCUUUUUCAAUGUGCACUCUACCCUGUACUUAUGGUUUCCGAACAGCUCAUCAGAGAGGGAAAGCUCCCUGUUGCUUUGAUUGCAUCCCUUGUCCAGAUGGAGAAAUAGCUAAUGGGACAAAUAUGGAGAAUUGUUUGAGGUGUCCAGAAGACAAGUGGUCAAAUUUUUUGAAAGAUGACUGCAUCGAAAGGACCAAAGACUUUCUUUCUUAUGGAGACAUACUAGGGGUUACAUCAUCCUGCAUUGCCUUCAUCUUUGUUGUGAUAACUGCUGCGGUGCUAUUUGUCUUUGUCAAAUUUCGGAGAUCUCCCAUAGUCAGAGCAAAUGAUCGGAAUCUCAGCUACAUCCUCCUCGUGUCCAUUAUGUUAUCAUUCCUCUGCUCCUUUCUCUUCAUUGGCUAUCCUGUGGAGCUGACCUGCAUGCUGAGACAAGCUGCCUUUGGGUUCAUUUUCACUGUAGCUGUAUCCGCUGUUCUGGGGAAAACAGUUACAGUCAUUAUAGCUUUUAAUGCAACUAAACCUAACAGCACAUUCAGGAAAUGGAUAGGAACCAGGAUAUCUAUAGGCCUAGUUCUAUUUUUUUCAUUGGGUGAACUAUUCAUUUGCAUCAUUUGGUUGAUAUGUUCUCCACCAUUUGUGGACACUGAUACAAAGACAAUUCCAGGCACAAUAAUCAUUCAGUGCAAUGAAGGCUCCUUUGCUGCUUUUUAUGUGGUGAUCUCAUAUAUAGGUCUAUUGGCUCUGUUUAGCUUUAUUGUUGCUUUUCUAGUUCGGAAAUUACCUGAUAGGUUUAAUGAUGCUCAGUAUAUAACCUUCAGCAUGCUGGUGUUCUGCAGUGUCUGGAUCUCCUUUAUCCCUAUCUAUUUGAGUUCUAAAGGCAAAUAUGUUGUGGCUGUGGAAAUAUUUACUAUACUGUCUUCCACAGGAGGUCUUCUGUUAUGUAUAUUUGCUCCUAAAUGUUACAUUAUUUUGGUAAAGCCAGAACUAAACAGCAUACGAAAAAAACGCAAUCGGCUAAACUAUUACCUUAAAAACAUUCACCUGAAAAUGGCAUCCGGAGAGGAUUUCUUUUUCACCAAAGAUGGAAAUAUUCCAGGAAAGUUUGAUAUUCUGAACUGGAUUAUUGAUAAAAAUGGAGCAGUUAAUAAGAUCCAUGUGGGGAGAUUCUUACCAAAUACUGAUCAGCUGAUCAUUAAUGAGACUGCCAUUGCCUGGGGCCCUUAUUUUGGAAAGCUUUCCAGAUACUUGGACCAUAAUAUGCUUCAACAGGACUGGGUAGACAAAGAAAAACCAAAGAACAGCUUCCUGGUCACAGGAGAAUUUUCCGGCAAUGGCCAUUGUGAGUGA